GCGGCGCUGCACGUCCCGAUCGUCCCGGGGGAAGCGCCGCUUUCCCCGCUUCUCCCCUUUCGGCCAGUCAGAACAUCCCCCCGGCAAACCUGGGAGCCGCGAUUGAGCAAGCUGCACGCCCCCUUCUCCUCGCAGCCAAAAGCAACAGCCAGGAGCGCUCCGGUUACAGCGCUGGCACCGGCGCCGCUCAUUCAUUCGGGCUGCGGCGCUCGCAGCAUUUAUUAGCGGCUCGCAGCGCUUCGCUCGCACAGUCCGGGCUCUGCCGCAGCCCCAGCAGCUCCAGAGAGCCCCGGCAUUUGCAGCAAGCGGCCAGGAGAAUGCUGCCCCAAGAAUUGCUGUCUCUGCUGGCGCUGCUCUGCGCGUUCAGCGCUUCGGGCUCCGUUCUGGAUGAGGACGAUGACUACGAGCACGUCCUCUAUGUGAACCUGGAUAACGAAAUCGAAGGGGCAGCCCCCGGCCCUGAGGAAGCUGCCUCGUGCGACUGCCAGCGGGAGCACAGCAAGUGGGACAAGCUGUUCAUCAUGCUGGAGAACUCGCAGAUGAAGGAGAACAUGAUGCUGCAGGCUCUGGAGGAGCUCCCCAGGGUGGACCUGCAGACCCUGAGGGCAGAGCUGAGCCAGCUCACCASCAGCCUGGCGGGCUCCUUGGCCACUGUCGCCUCGCACGUGGUGUCGCAGGUGGAGCAGGCGCUGGUGAGGAGCAGGGAGCAGGCGGAGGGAGCCCGGAGGCUGCGGGAGCUGGAGCAGGGCAAGAUCCUGGAGCACGUCCUGCAGCUGAGCCACAACGUGUCGGCGAGGCUGGGCUGGCUGGAGAGCGCCUGGCGGAGCAGGGCCGAGCAGCAGGAGGCGGCUGUGCAGCGGGACGGGCUGGGUGGCAGCGCAGGGGACAGUCCCCUCCUGAGCUCCGUGUGGCAGGAGCUGCAGCAGACGCGGGCGGAGCUGAGGGCAGCGCAGCGAUGGGCAGAUCAGCGCCUGCUGCCCGCAGGGUGUGAAACUGCGCUUCUGUUCCCCAUGCGCUCGAGGAAGAUCUUCGGGAGCGUUCACCCCACGGUGGGGAUGGCCCUGCGCUCCUUCAGCGCCUGCGUGUGGCUCAAGGUGACCGAGGCCCUGGACAAGACCGUGGUGUUCUCCUACGGCACCAAAUUCAACCCCUACGAGAUCCAGCUCUACCUGAGCCGCGACGCCGCCGUGCUCGCCGUGGGSAGCGCCCAGCACGCGCUGUCCGCCAGGAACGUGGUGAUUCCCGGGAAAUGGCUCCAUCUCUGUGGCACCUGGAGCUCGGAGAAUGGCUCUGCGUCCCUGUGGGCGCAGGGCGAGCUGGUGGCCAGCGCCUCGGCCGUGGCUGCGGCUCACAGCAUCGCCGACGGCGGCCUCCUGCAGCUGGGCCAGGAGAAGAACGGCUGCUGCGUGGGAGGGGGCUUUGACGAAGCCCUGGCUUUCUCGGGGAAGCUGACGGGCUUUAAUCUGUGGGACCGGGUGCUCAGCCCCGCCGAGGUGACAGCGCAGAGCGCGGGGGACGCCUGCGGCAGCCGGGGGAAUGUGGUGGGCUGGGGGGUGACGGAGGUGCUGCCCUACGGGGGAGCCCAGUACGUGUCCUAAAUCCUGCUUUCUGCACGGGGAGCGAUUCAAAGGGCUCAGUGUCACAGUGAGCAGAGCUGCCUCUGCAAUUCCCCAGGAACAUCAGCACUGCAAGCUCACAGAUCCACACUGUGGAGAUGGRAUUCCAUCUCUGCCUGCUGUUCCAGCAAAACACUGAAAAAUCACCCACACAGCAAGGCAUGGCACGGRAAAAGCUGUUCCUGAGGUCAGGCAACCCUGUCUCUGCAGUGCAGGGCUCUCUGAUGUAUAAAGGGAGGGUCACCAUGGACAUUCAGGAGCCAAAGAGCUCCCGACAUCCCUGCUGAGCUUUGGAGAUCAGACAGAGCAGCUGUGGCUGCCCCUGGAUCCCUGGAAGUGUCCAAGGCCAGGCUGGACAGAGCUUGGAGCACCCUGGGAUAGUAGAAAGUGUCCCUGCCCAUGGCAUCAGGUGGCACUGGGUGAUCUCUAAUGUCCCUUCCAACCCAAAUCCCUCCAGGCUCCUCCAGUCCUUGGGUUCUUCAGAGUUAAUGUGAAUUUUACAGAGGAACCACCCAAAUCAAGAAAUGUGUUGUUUAUUAAUCRUUGUUAGUAAUUUGUAGGCUCUAAGAAAAUUAGUUCCUUGUUUAAAGCAUUAUUUAUGCCACGGAU